UUUAAAAUGUUCGUUCAGUGGAUUUUUCUAAUCUCCAGCGUCACUUUGAUUUCCUCCAAAGGACUUCCGGAGCGAAUUGUGGGCGGUGACUCUGUAUCGAUUCAGUCGGUACCUUGGCAGGCUUCCCUGCAAAAGUUUGGACUACAUGCCUGCGGUGCUGCCAUCUACAGUGAAGACAUCGUCAUAACGGCCGCUCACUGCUUGCGUGACACUUACAUUUUCUUCCUUUCCGUGCGAGUGGGCUCAUCAUACAACCACUUCGGAGGUCAGGUGGUCAAGGCCGCAAAGUUUUUGGCCCACGAGGGUCACUCCAAGCGAAUGACCAACGAUAUUGCCCUGAUUCGACUUCAAUCCAAGCUCACGAUGGACCACAGAGUGAGUUCCAUUCCUCUGGCCGACAGUCCACCCCAAAGUGGAUCUACAGCUUCGGUUUCGGGAUGGGGAGCUCUUGGAUUUAACGGACAAUUUCCCAACUCUUUAAUGGAAGUCAAUGUGGACAUUGUCGAUCAGGAUCAGUGUCUAAGAUCGUACGGUAGAGUCACCACAAAGGACAUGAUCUGCGCCGCCGGCCCGGGAAAAGAUGCCUGUGCCGGGGAUUCGGGAGGUCCUUUGGUCUCCAAUGGAAAACUUGUUGGCAUUGUAUCCUUUGGAACGGAAUAUGCUCAUCCAAAAUAUCCCGGAGUCUAUGCCAAUGUGGCUGAGCUUAAGCCCUGGAUCCUAAGUGCUAUUGAAAGACUUUAA